CUAGGCCUGCAGGCGGGGCCGGGCCCGGGGCCCCUGCCCUCAGCUCGGCUCGGUCGCUCCCGGAGCCGCAACGCAGAUGAGCGCUGCGGGCGACUCUGCAGGUACUGAAUGGCUGAGCUGCAGCUGGCUUUGUUUCCAUAUGUGGAUUCUGUGGUGGCAGCUGCUAAGCACUCAGUGACAGACAGUUAUGAUUCUGAAGUCUCAGUACAUCAGUCCCCUCUGGAACACCUAGAAAACAGUUGUCAGCAUGAAUUCCCAUCAGACAAAGAGGAAAGCCUGAAAAAUCCCCGUGCCCGAAAGAGCCAAAGCUAUUCAUAUCCUCUUUCUGCAGAAAGCAAUAAGCACAGCUCCCAGCAUGGAGGCUCCAGCUCAGCUGGGCUGCAAAACAAGCAUCUUGCCAGCCAGGUUAAGACUCUGCCCUCUAAAUCAUUAGCCAAACGGAAAGAAGGAGUGGAUCGUUCAUGUCCUCUGAAACCAAUUUUUCAGCACAACACUGGGAGCCUUCCUGCAGUCAAUACAGGACAGCUCGGAAGUUCCCCAUACAUGGAGGAGGCUCUAAAUAGUAGGACUAGCACAAAAAGCAAAGGAAGGCAUCUGCCGGGGAAGCCUCAGCUAGCUGCAGUGCUCCCUCCUUGGACAGCAGAGCCUAAACAGUCAGAUUCCUCUCUAUACAGGAGAGAUCUGGCUUAUAUCCUAAGGCUGGAGGCAGAGGGACGGUCCCUGGAAGAGGAAAUCCGAAAGAAAGAGGCUCUUCUCAGAGAGAAGCUGAGGAGAACAAAGGAGGAGCUUAGGAGGAUUCAACGAGAGAAGGAACUGAUGGAGGCAGAGGAGAGAAGAGCCAGAGCAAUGGAGAGGACUCGCAGGCAAAAGGCCAUGUGGCACCCUGGAGAGGAAAGUAUAAGAUUUACCAUCAGGACGGGUGAUGGGGAUUUUAGUGGGAUGCAGUCUGCAGAGGUCACUGUCCCGAAGACAGGCACUACUCUCCAUCCCCAAGAACUGGCUAUGGGGAAACUGAAGAAGGAACGGUUGGUGGCCAGCAACAACAAAAUUCGAGACCGCAUACCGGUGCAGAGUUUAGCCUCAUGCUCAGAGCUGGACUUAAAACAUGGCCCUUCUUCCUCUGUUCUCUCAGACUGUGGUGACAGCAUGCCUGCAGAGAUGCUGUACAUGCAGGCUGCCAGCCCCACAGAAAAGGGGGAGCUUGGACAGUGCAGCUUCUGUGGCCGCAAGUUUCUCUGCACCAGGCUCAAGAAACACAUGAAUAUCUGCAGCAAGAGCCAAGGCUCUAAAAGGAAAACAUUUGACUCCAGCAAGGCCAGAGCCAGGGGCACAGACCUGGAAGAGUUUCAGCAGCGGAAGAGCUCAGAGAGACCUCAGAAUAAGCCACCCAGAAGAAACAACUGGAGGCAGAACCAUGAGGCUUUCAUCCAGACCUUGCGCCAUGCCCGGCAGGUGCAGCAAGUGCUGUCCAAGGGAGGGAAGGUACCUGACCUGCCUCCGCUGCCUCCCAUUGAAAAUCCAGACUACACUGCCUGCCCCUACUGCAGACGCCGCUUUGCACCCCAAGUAGCUGAGACACACAUUCCCAAAUGCAAAAACAUCAAGAAUAGACCCCCAUUUCCCCCACAGAGGAAACGCUGAUAAGGCAGCUUUCUUUGUUCUCCACACUGGCUGUGAGUGUUGAGCAAGAUUUACAAUAAGCAAUCAUUUCAGGACAUAGAGGCAGAAUAUAAGUUUGUACACUUAAAUCUGUGUGCUGGAGUGUGAUGCCCUUCUGAGGGCCACCUUCUCCCAGCAGGUGAGCUCAACAGCAAGACCCAGUCUACACUGUAAGGAUGUCACUGUUCAGUCCGUUGAGCAGGAAAGAAAGGUUGUUGCUACAGGCUGAUAGCAUGAAGCAAAGGAGCAAACCAGCCAUCAGAAAAAUCCUUAAGAAUCAUUUUUUUCUUGUAGGCUGCGGAGACUUAACCUUUUUUCAUUGAAAAUAGCUUCCCUGAUGUAGAGAUAACUGCUCUCCUUUAGCUCAUCACUGGCUGCAGACAUUUAUUUUUCUUCCAUAAAAGAAAAAAGAAGUGCAGUGCAAGAGAGAAACAGCUGGGCCAAAGAGAGCAUCUGCCUUUUGUAUGCUUUGUUGCUCUGUAAAUGCAGGUGUUCACUUCUGAAUGUAUUAACAGCAACAGUGGUUCUGGCUGCCAUAGUCUUUCUAUUUUAAUUACCUACAACAACUGGGAGGUGUGGAGUUCCUUUUUUUCUUUUUUUUUUUUUUUGCUAUAGAAUGGACUCUGCAUUCUAUAGUACAAUCUAGCAUUUAGGGCUUUUGGGAAGCACCAUACACAGGCUGCUGUGUUUACCCUCCUCUGUCUAUGAUAGACAACAGGAUCCAGAGCUACUUGUCGGUGAUUUCUUUCGCUUUUUCUCACUUGUUGAAGUGCUGAUCAGUUGAAUAAUAAAAGUUGCAAAGGCAGGCUUAUUUUGCACUUGUUCUGAAUCAGCCCAAGAGUUUUACUCAGAUGAUUUUCUGGAACAUUAAUGACAAUCCUGAGACCAUUUCUUACCAGCAGAAGAGCAUAACAUACUACCACUUAGAAAUUUGGCAUUGUGUCGACAUAAAAACUGAUGAUGUUAUUUAAUUAGGAGAAUUGGAAGCUAUAUAAUGAAAUACCUCCUCAACACGUGAACCUCAGGCUCAGAAAUUGAUGGGGGUAGAAGAGCUUAUGUGCAGGUCUGUAUGCCAAUUCACGUACAUAGGACAGCAGAGGUACUAUGAACAGGCCCUUCAGGCAGCAGAACAGCCAUGUCCAAGUGAUUACUUACUAUGUACAAUAACUGGAAAAGUCUUGGGAAAGAGGAGAAGAAUAAACAUUCAAUUAAAGAAUAACGCCACACAAGAUGAAAAAAUAGGCCACGAAUAAGCUUAGACUGGAAAUUAGCUUUCUAAUCAGGAGAAGAGUGAGGUCAUGGAAAAAUCUUCCAACUAGGUUAGCAGAGGCAAGGAACCUGCAUUGUUUCAAGAUGGACUUUGAGAAAAUCACAGAAGGGACUGUACUGCAGGAGUCAGAAACAAAUGCUCUGUAUCACAGUUCAUUUCCAUCUUCAGGAUGGAAGAUAGGCUUGUGAUAAAAAGUGCAAAUAACACACCAGCUAUAGUUCUGUACUUCAGUGCAUCACUGUCAGGAGCAGAGAAGGAAUUUCCACCUCCCCCUGAUUCCUAACGUACCUUCUAAUUACUUUCCAUCUAAAACAUUCAAGAA